AUGCUUGGUGAAGCUGUCGAUCGACAAAUCAUCGUCGAUGGCGUGUAUGAUAAACAAGAAUUGGACAUUGACACACCGGAAUUGCUGCAAGAAGUAGGUGAAUACGGGGAAUCCAUUGAUCAUUCUCUUCAUGACGCUUAUGCAGAUGAAGCAGAGCAAGAAAGGCAUGGGGAUGAUCCUUAUGGUGGUAGCUCUCGAUUCUGUAUCAAUAUGUGGAGUUCAAGAGGACUGGGACAUAUCCUGCCAACAUAG